AUGCCAGCAGUACCGGCGGUACAGUUUGGGCUUGUUGAUGUGCGUGAUGUUGCGCUGGCGCAUAUUCGUGCCAUGUGUGAACCACGUAGUGAUGGGCAACGAAUCCUUGUUACUUCACAGCCCAGCUUCUGGUUCAUCGAUAUUGCCAAUGUUUUACGACACGAAUUCUCAUCACAAGCUGCGCAGGUACUCAGUCGAAUCGGCAAACAGUCGAAUUUCGAUAAUUCUCGAGUAAGUGAUGUUGUCUCCCUUUUCUUCCCGAAGCAACACUGA